CCAGGAGCUGUGCAGCCGGAGGCACUUCCGCUCCUGGAAGGCGAGCUCCGCUCUGGGGUUGCUCCCGCGGAGUUUGGCCUUGGAAGAACGCUGCCCUUCCUCGGGGGGAGGAGGAGGAGGAGGAGGAAGAUGACCAGGCUCCGGGAGGCGGUGACCUUCCAGGACGUGGCCGUGGUCUUCAGCGAGGAGGAGCUGGGGCUGCUGGACGCUGCGCAGAGGGAGCUGUACCGGGCUGUGAUGCUGGAGAACUUCCGGAACCUGCUGUCCGUGGGGCAUCAGUCCUUCAAGCCAGAUGUGAUCUCCCGGUUGGAGAGAGAGGAAAGGCUUCGGGUGCAGGAGAUCCACACCCAAAGAGGAAGCAAGAAUGAAAACAAGAUGGGGCCAUGUCAUGAUGCAGCAUCGAGGUGCCUGGCUCUGGGGGACCUUUCAUGCUGGCGCAUGGAGCGACGUCCUGGAAGCCAGUUAUCCGGAAGUCAGGACUCCGUGGUAGACGUGCGUGAAGGGAGCUCUCGGCUCCCCAGGCCAGACCGCGGCCCCUGUCGGCUGGGAACAGGACAGUCCCCUCGGGCGUCUGAAGACGGCGGCUGUGUAGGGGAUCUUCCAGGGGACCUUUCUGCUAUUGGAGACCCGCAGUUUGUCCCCGGGGGCGCUUGCAAUUCCCGGACCAAAAUCUCCCCGGGUGAGAUGCACAAUUGCCAGACGAGGCGUCCUCAGACACAGGGGAGGAGCGGAGGACGCACAUUGGCUCCGCGUGUCGACCUCUUGAGUUGCAUUUCACGCCACCACGCCGACAGCCACGACGGCGAGGAGGCCCGCGGCCUGCAGGGCCCACCCCCCAGCCAGCAUGGUAUUCGCUCAGGACAGAAACCCCACCCGCGUGAGGAGUGCGGGAAAGCCUUCAGCGAGAGCCCGAGCCUGGCCCUCCGGCAGCAGGUGCCCGUGGCGACCGAGUCCCCAGCCUGCUGCAAACCAGAGAAGGGUGCCGGCUCCGCCUCCGCCACGCCCCUUCAGGCCAACGUGUGCGCGGGGAGAAAGCGCUACUGGUGCCACGAGUGCGGGAAGGGCUUCAGUCAGAGCUCGAACCUGCAGACGCAUCAGCGCGUGCACACCGGGGAGAAGCCCUACACGUGCCACGCGUGCGGGAAGAGCUUUAACCAGAGCUCCCACCUCUACGCCCACCUGCCCAUCCACACGGGCGAGAAGCCCUACCGGUGCGAGAGCUGCGGGAAGGGCUUCAGUAGGAGCACGGACCUCAACAUCCACUGCCGCGUGCACACCGGGGAGAAGCCCUACACGUGUGGGGUGUGCGGGAAGGGCUUCACGCAGCGGUCGCACCUGCAGGCGCACGAGAGGAUCCACACCGGGGAGAAGCCCUACAGGUGCGGGGACUGCGGCAAGGGCUUCAGCUGCAGCUCCAACCUGCACACGCACCAGCGCGUGCACACCGAGGAGAAGCCCUACCGCUGCGAGCAGUGCGGCAAGUGCUUUAGCCUGAGCUUCAACCUGCACAGCCACCAGCGCGUGCACACGGGCGAGAAGCCCUACCGCUGUGAUGAGUGCGGCAAGGGCUUCAGCUCGGCCUCCAGCUUCCAGAGCCACCAGCGCGUGCACACUGGCGAGAAGCCCUUCCGGUGCGGCGUGUGCGGCAAGGGCUUCAGCCAGAGUUCGUACUUCCAGGCCCACCAGCGGGUCCACACCGGGGAGAAACCCUACAAGUGCGAGGUGUGCGGGAAGCGCUUCAACUGGAGCCUGAACCUGCACAACCAUCAGCGCGUGCACACCGGGGAGAAGCCCUACAAGUGCGAGGAGUGCGGCAAGGGCUUCAGCCAGGCCUCCAACCUUCAGGCGCACCAGAGCGUCCACACCGGGGAGAAGCCGUUCAAGUGUGGUGCGUGUCAGAAGCGGUUCAGUCAGGCCUCGCACCUCCAGGCCCAUCAGAGAGUCCACACCGGGGAAAAGCCCUACACGUGCGACACCUGUGGCAAGGCCUUCAGCCAGAGGUCAAACCUUCAAGUGCACCAGAUCAUCCACACGGGGGAGAAGCCGUUCAAGUGUGAGGAGUGCGGGAAGGAGUUCAGCUGGAGCGCCGGCCUCAGUGCGCAUCAGCGCGUGCACACGGGAGAGAAGCCCUACACGUGCCAGCAGUGCGGCAAGGGCUUCAGCCAGGCCUCGCACUUCCACACGCACCAGCGGGUCCACACCGGGGAGAGGCCGUACAUCUGUGAUGUGUGCUGCAAGGGCUUCAGCCAGCGGUCACACCUCGUGUACCACCAGCGGGUCCACGCGGGGCCCUGAAGUGUGGCGCGGGGGUGUGGUGACGGGACGCCGGUCGGUCGUGGAGCGUUCCUGCAGCACCGUGAAGUGUUGGAGCCCUCGGGAAGAAACUCAAUGCUGCAUUUCAGGCACUGUGUUGAGAUGAAUUCUUCGCAAACAUCCGAUUUCACAGAUGACAGAAACUUGGUUUUAGCAAUGUGAUGUCUUAAUCAAGUGUCCACAUUCUCAAGAUACAUAGGGCAGAGGCAUCCUAACACUGUCAAGCCUACCCAGGAGAGGGGCCUUAUAAGUAAAGACUAUGGGCAAGGACUUCAAUGAUUGACAAAGCCGAUGUCAACUAAAAUGUAACUUCCGUGUAGGGAAAGGAUUCUCACCGCUGUGCCUCUACCAUGUAGAAUUGUGCUUGGCUUCUAAUACAGCCGGCAAUUCCUGAGGAAGGUGAAGGAAGGCCCCAAGUAUUCAAAAACUCCAGUCCAGCCCCUACCCUAAGUUCACAUCUGUAUUCAAAAGAAAGCCUGCAAGUAGCCUUAACAAUUUCAGGAAAUAUUAAACUAUAGGAAAUCUUGUAAUAACACCAGAAAUAACAAAUCUGGACCGAAGACUUGUGGCUGACUCCCUUCCUUCCAGCCUUGGUUCUUUGUAGAGUGUAUCAUCAAUUACACAGAAUGAAUUUUAAUAUUCAUUUGUAUCUUAUAGAAACACUUUUAAAUAUAAUUUGGCACUACAAUUUAUAUGAGUGGCAUUUUUGGACCCUAAUUCAUUAAAGGUAGGAUGUUACUAUAACUUUUAAAGUGUUAUAAGUAGUUACUGAUGACAGAGUUUCUUAGUAAACUUCAAUUGUUAGGAAUUCGUGCCUUCUCAUUAUUUCUAUUCAGCUUGGCUCCUAUAACCUUCCUAGAAGUCCUUGCUCCAGGACCUUCUGAGUGAGAAGGGGUCUUGGCGGAGUUGAAGGGCAUGGAUUCUGUCCCAUUCCUCACUCCUAUGACCAUUCUUCCCCUAAAGGGGAGGGAGGGAGACAGGACACCCGUUGGAUUUGAAUGGAAAUGUCAGUUAAAUAUAGAAAGGUACAGCCAUUAAAGCGACGGCGCAAAACUCUAACAGGAAAAGGACUCACGUGAUGAAAAAGCCAAGAUGUGGCCAUACGCAUGGGGAUAGUGCGUGGAAGAAUGUUAAUAUUAAUAAUAAUUAAUUGCUAACAACGGUUGAACAGGGAGGGCUGAAUUUUUUCAAGAAAUUACUUACAGGGACUGUUAACAGCUGGGCCAAAGCAGUGUGUAAGUGAAAGCCCUUGCACAUCUGUACCGUAACGGCGUUCUCUCCCAUGCCACGUGAACGUGUACGGACGCUCACUGUGGCGUUUCUGACAGCCAGCGAUUGACAGACUGUAUGGCGGACUCAGCUGAGGGAAGGGAGGAUGGUCACUGUUGACCUGGUUAGGUACUAAGAAUAUGCUUACAAGGUCAGGCAGGGAGGACUUUCUAUGAUCACAUAUGUGAUAAAUGUAUACGGUACUGUUAAAGGACUAACUUUUUAUGCUCCUAAAUCUUGAUUUUCAGUGCAUUCUAGCCGUCAGAACAGAAAGAACAACAUGAAGAAUUCCCAUGUAUACUUGGGGUCUCUAAUGUGAUCGGCAAGAUCUGCCUGUUUGCACCUACAGCUGUUUCAGCUCCAAUGUUUUAUCUUCCACUUGCAGACGGCUGCAGUGCUGGUCAAAGCAGGGCUGUCGAGGCCGGAAUGCCAACACUGCUUCUUAGACGUCCCAGAAGCGGCAGGCUUCAGAAUCGGCCAGUUGCUGCAGGAAGGCAUCUGAAGCAGUUGGGGACACUGUUGUACAGAUUCUUUACUCCGUAGAAAGGACCUAUGAGGGCAGCUUUAAAAGUUUAUGGAAAUGAUGGCAUGAAAGCACUUUGGUACAAGAAAUUUUGAAAUUCAUGCAUAGUUUUUAUUGUGCGUUUCCAUGAACUUUCUGAAGACUGUUCAAGUGUCUAGAGAGUGUAAGAACAUUGGGAAUAUUUUAAGUGUGCUUUGAAAUAGGGAAUCCCACUUCUGAUAGGUGAGCAGUUUUAGUUCCCAUUGUACCAGAAUUCCAGCUGACAUAAAACGAACUCCAGACCAAAUAUUAAAUGUUUCGCAUAUUUGCAGUUUGAUACGUAUAUAUUGAUGUGAUAUAGGAACCACACGUACAUUUUCCUACGUCUGUGUGCUCAUCCUGCAGCUCCUCCAUGGGACUGGUUCCAGGACCACGUCCUCCUGUGUACUUGGAGUCUUUUCUAAAACCUCGGGUGCUACAAAUACUGUGUAACCAGUUGUUUAUACAGAGGAAAAGAAGAUGAGGCCUGUACUGGUAUCGUACAGAGCAUUUUUUUUUUUUAAUUGAGUGGUAGAGUUAUAAACAGGGCAAGAGAAAAGGGACUUCCAUGUACUUGUUCACUCCCCAAAGGGGUGCAACACCCAGAACUGAGCCGAUCUGGAGCCAGGAACCUCUUCUAGGUCUCCCAUGUGGGUGCAGGGGCCCAGCCCCUUGGGCCAUCUUCCACUACUUUCCCAUACCAUAGCAGAGAGUGGGAUGGGAAGAGGAAUGGCUGGGACAUGAACCAGUGCCCAUAUGAGUUGCCGGCACCACAGGUGGAGGCUUAGCCUACUCUGCCACAGCACUGCCCCAAUACAGACCAUUAAAAGAAAAACUCAUCCAUGGGUGCAGAACCUGUGGACCCACAGGAUCCAGAGGCCCACCAGUCUCUCUGAAGGCACUGGUGAGCCAGCAGAGGCAGGCAAAUGCUGGAGGUGGUUUCAGUACUGUGCAAGGAAUGACGCGGGGCCAGUUUGCUGGUUUUUACGGCUUUUAGUCUACGAGCAAGUCCCAGUCUAUACCGUUCAGGGCAGUUAAAGCUGAUGGAAAACUUGCAGUUUGCUGGUUCAGAAAGCUGGAAGAGUUCAAGGCCUACAGCAACACUGCUGGAAAAUAGAAAUGCUCCGAGGAGACGCCACAAGUCAGAUGUGAGUGCUGACCGAAUGUGUGACUGACCCUUCAACACGGGGCAGGGCGACUUAGCCAACCCAGCCAGCACUCAGUGAGCUGGAGUGUCAGCCAUCACCCACAGGAAAGCAGCAUCUACCCGGGUCCAGCUCGGUGUCCGACAGCCUUUUAAUAACUGAUCUCUGGAGGAACACAACAGAACAUGAUAUCCAGGAUCCAAUCCUAAGUCACCUGAGAGGAAAACAUGAGCCAUUCUCAAAGGGAGAAAAAAAUCGGUGGAAGUCAACUUUGAAGCAAUCCCGAUGUUGGAAUCAGUAAGCAAAGAUUCUUAAGAGUUACAGCUCUGUUUUAAAAUGCAAAGUACACCUGUAAAAAUGAUAGGAAAUAGCUGAGAAACAGAAGCUGAGAAGGCAACCCAAUGGAAAUUCCAGAACUGAAAAAUGUGAUACUGAGAUAAAGUCACUACUUAAUGGCAUGGCAAUGAGAGAGCAGCGUCCGUGAACAUGAAGAUGCCUUAGAGGAAGCACCAGUCAUCUGAAAGACUGCCAGAGCUCUAUGUGAUCCAAACGGAUGGGUGUUGAACCAGUAACUCCAAAAAGAACACACUUGACCCACAUGGCUUCAAAGGAACAGUCUACCAAACAUUUAAGGAAGCAGUGAAGCCAACGCUCCAUAAUAUCUUCCAGAAAAUAAAAGCAGAAUGAGCAUGCUUCAUCUCAAAGCCAGACACAGUAGAGAUUAAUCUACACCCUCCUUAACUAAUGAAUCGAGAUAAAAACUCCUAGAAUGUCCACAAAUUGAGUCCAAGAGUGUAUAGAGCAUUACAUGCCAUAACCAAGAGGGAAUUAUCUCAAAUUGGAAAUUCGUGCAACCCAUCACAUCAGUAGGCGACAGAAAAAUCACAUGAUCAAAGCAAUAGAAAAAUCAGCGCAAAGUCUAGCAGCAGGAGGACUUUCUCACCUUGAGGAAAGCCAUUAAACGAAGCCUGUAGGCAGCACAAUACUUAAUGGUGCCAAGAGGCUUCCCCCUUCCCCCAAGUCAAACAGCAAGGCUGUCCCCUACACAAUUCCUAUUCAGUACUGUGCUAGAAGUACCAGCUAAUGCACUAAGACAAGGGAAUUAAAGAAACAAUGAUCGGGUAGGAAGAAACUAAGCUACCAUUGUUCACAGGUAACAUGACUGUUAGUGGAGAAGAGCCCAACAAACAAGGAACCAAAACUUGCAGCUAAUAAGUAGUCGGAAGACUGUUAAAACAAGCCAGUUGCUAGCAGUGGGCAUGUUGGGGCAGCGGUCCAGCCGCUGUUUGGGCUGCCUGCAUUCCAUACUGGAGUGCCCAGGCUGUAUUCCUGACUCUACUUCCUAUUCUGCUUCCUGCUAAUGCACACACUGGAAGACCGCAGGUGCUGGCUCUAAGGACUUGAGUCCCUGCAGCCUGUGUGGGAGACCUGAAUAGAGCUGCUAAUGCCUCACUUCAGCCUGACCCAGCUGUGGUGGGCAUUUGGGGAGUGGACCAGUGGACAGCAGAUCUCUAGCUCUCAAGUAAAACUCAGUUUGCACUACUACAUAGCAGCAAUGAACAACUGGAAUGCAGAAUCAAAACCAAUACUCCACGUUCACGGACAGAAUCGAUGUUGACAAGAUGGCCGUUCUCGCAGUUUGAUCCAAAGAUGGAAUGUAAUCCCAGUAAGUUAUCUUGUGGUUAUUGACAAACUGAUGCUAGAGCUCAUGAGCAUGGAGAAACCAAAGGCCCAGAAUAGCAGCACAUGGCGGGGAAAGCAGCUUAGCACCACCGGACCUCAAGACGCACUUCUGAAGCCACAGUAAUCAAGACCCAGUAGUACUGGUGAAAGGGUACACAGGCAACUUAAGCAAGCAGGGCCUUCUGCCCAGGGCCACUUAGAUAUUUUGCACAUCAAUCACAGGCCAUACGGAAUCAUCAACUUCAACUUCACCCUGCUAUAGAUUUAUUGAAUUUUGAGUCCCAUAUGUGGUUGCCUUGCCAGGAUCAGACCAAGUGACUUCUGGGUCUUAACAUGGCCCACAGGCCAGAUGUUCCCCACCCCUGGAUGGAACAGAAGCCAACUGACCUGUAACAGUGGAGCAAAACCAAUACCGCAGAGCAAAGGUGGCUUUUCAGUGAACAGCUGAACAAACUGGACAUGCAAAAUGAAGGGGGAAAAUGUAGACCUAGACCUUAAACCACUCACAAUCAAUCAGAAUGAGUAAAAAUUAAAACCCUGCCCAUAGAAGACACUAUGAAGAGAAGGAGAAGGGGCUGGCGUUGUGCUGUAACAGCUUAAGCCACAACCUGCAAUGCUGGCUUCUACUAUGGGCACCAGUUCAAGCCCUGGCUGCUCCACUUCCAAUCCGGUUCCCUGCUAAUGUGACUGGGAAAGCAGUGGAAGAUGGCCCAAGUGCUUGGGCCCCUGCACCA